AUGCGGAGCGCGGCCCGGGCUCCCGCCGGCUGCAGGCUGCCCCGCGCGCCUGGCUCCCCAGCCCCCUGCCCCGGAGACCCCCUGGCGAGCCCAUGCGGACUCCGGAGCGCGGGGCUGCCAGCCGAGCCGCCGCCGCCUCCUGCAACAGGCCCGGGCCCCGCGACCUGCUGCCCCGCGCAGCAGCAGCCGGGCAGCGGCGCGCUCCUCUCCGCCGCCUGCUGCUGCCCCGGCGCCUCCCGUCCCGACGUGGCUCUGCCGUGGCCUGGCGGCGCCUCCGACAACGGGGCCGCUGCUCCGGCCGGGGCCGGGGCUGCUCCAGCGGCGGCGGCGGCUCCUCCUCCUCCCCGGCUGCUGCCGCCGCUCCUGCGGGGCCCUAAAGCCGCCCGCUUCAAGAGGAUGGUGCGGCUGGCGGCGGAGCUGCUGCUGUUACUGGGGCUCCUGCUGCUCACCUUGCACAUCACCGUGCUGCGGGCCAAGCCCGACCCCCCGCCGGCCAACAGCACCCACGGCCAGCCGCAGAACACCCUGGGAGCAGAUGGCCAUUCUGCUCCCCAAACCAGCUUCACAUUAAACCCCAAGGACAGAAGACAAUAUCCUGACCACCAGGCAGCACACAGGCCAUUUCCCAAACAGCGAUUCAGGCAGGAAAAUGGACACACAUCAUUACAAAGAGAUGGACCCAGAUCCUUCCUCCUGGAUCUCCCAAACUUUCCUGACCUAUCAAAAGCAGACAUCAAUGGGCAAAACCCCAACAUUCAGGUUACCAUAGAAGUGGUUGAUGGCCCCGAUACUGAACCAGAGAAGGAUCUGCACAAAGAGAGCAGCAAGCCUAGCUGGCCAGUCCCAUCCCCUGACUGGAGGAACUGGUGGCAGACGUCAUCCACCUUGACUCGCAUGAGUAGCGGUGACCAGGACUACAAGCAUGACAGCACCACCGAAGAUAGCAACUUCCUAAACCCUCUUGGUGGGUGGGAUAGGCAUGCACCCAACCACCGGACUUUUGAAUCCAAGGAGCAGCCAGAGUAUGAUUAUAUUGAUGGAGAGGGAGACUGGAGCCCAUGGUCCAUUUGUAGCGUAACCUGCGGGAUUGGCAAUCAGAAGCGAACCAGAUCCUGUGGAUAUGCCUGCACAGCCACUGAGUCGAGGACAUGUGAUAGGCCAAACUGCCCAGGGAUUGAAGACACCUUCAGGACAGCUGCCACCGAAGUGAGCUUACUUGCAGGAAGUGAAGAGUUCAAUGCCACCAAGCUAUUCGAAGUUGAUACUGAUAGUUGCGAAAGAUGGAUGAGCUGCAAAAGUGAGUUCUUGAAGAAAUACAUGUACAAAGUGGUUAAUGACCUACCCAGCUGCCCUUGCUCCUACCCCACAGAAGUCGCUUACAGCACUGCUGAGAUCUAUGAUCGGUUUAAGCGGAAAAACUUUCGCUGGAAAGAUGCAAGUGGGCCAAAGGAAAAAUUGGAGAUCUACAAGCCCACAGCCCGAUCUUGUAUCCGCUCUAGGCUUUCCUUGGAGAGCACAACUCUAGCGGCGCAGCACUGUUGUUAUGAUGACAAUAUGCAGCUGAUUACUAGGGGGAAAGGGGCGGGCACACCAAACCUGAUCAGCGUAGAAUUCUCCGCAGAGCUCCACUACAAAGUCGACGUUUUGCCUUGGAUUAUAUGCAAAGGAGACUGGAGCCGAUACAAUGAAGCACGGCCCCCUAACAAUGGUCAGAAAUGUACAGAAAACCCUUCAGAUGAAGACUAUUACAAGCAGUUUCAGGAAGCAAGGGAAUACUGA